AUGAUCUUGUCGGAUGUAAAAGUUAUCGAGUUUGGAGGCCUUGCCCCAGGGCCGUUCGCUGGAAUGAUUUUAGCUGAUUAUGGGGCCGAUGUUAUUAAAAUAGAACGAACUGGUAAUAUGGAAGUUACAUCUCGUCCGUUGUUGUCGAGAGGGAAACGGUCCAUCGUUCUCGAUUUGAAGAGCUCAGAAGGUUUGAAGAUUGCCAAGAAGCUGUGCCUGGCCUCGGACGUGUUGAUUGAGCCUUUCAGACCAGGUGUGAUGGAGAAAUUAGGACUUGGACCAACGGUUUUAUUGAAGCAUAAUCCUGGGUUAAUCUAUGCCAGAUUAACUGGAUUUGGUCAAUCUGGAAAAUAUUCACAGAUGGCUGGACAUGAUAUCAAUUAUCUAGCAAUGUCAGGAUUGUUAUCAAGACUGGGAAGGUAUAAUGAAAAUCCCAUGGCUCCGUUAAACUUGAUGGCAGACUUUGCUGGCGGAGGAUUAAUGUGUGUGCUGGGAAUCGUGUUAGCCUUGUUUGUAAGAUCUCGGACAGGAAAUGGACAAGUGAUUGAUGCCAAUAUGGUAGAUGGCUGUGCCUACAUAGGAAGCUGGAUAUUUCAAGGAAAGAAUACUUUUGCGAUAUGGCCAAGCAACGAGAGAGGCCAAAAUCUACUAGAUACCGGUGCACCUUUUUAUGAGACGUAUAGAACAAAAGAUAAUAAACACAUGGCAGUCGGUGCGAUAGAACCUCAAUUCUAUGCUCAGUUGCUGAAUGGUCUGGGGCUAGCGGAUGACGAGGAUCUGCCAGGACAGAUGGAAAUGUAUAAAUGGCCAGAAAUGAAGGAGAAAUUUAACCAAAUAUUUGCAACUAAAACUCAAGAUGAGUGGUGUACAAUAUUUGAUGGUACUGAUGCAUGUGUCACUCCAGUUCCUACACUGGAGGAAGCAGUUCAACACUCGCACAACCGUGACAGGAAGUUGUUUCUGACCAAUGAGAUUGGAGAAGCGGAACCUCGACCAGCACCUCUGAUGUCUAAGACACCAGGUGUGAGUUCAGUGAAGCCAACUCCUCUUCCUGGCCAACACACACAGCAAAUAUUGUCCAAUCUUGGAUACAGUAAACAGCAGAUUUCUCAGUUGAUAAAAGAUGAGAUCGUUGCUGUAAAAUUAGCAUCAUCAUUAUAA